AUGGAUGAUUCGGAGCGGCGAACCAAGCGCUCGCGCUUCGACCAGACGGAGCCGGAACCCAAGAAGUCUCGCUUCGAUCGACGCUCUCGCUCCCCCCCAAGCCGACGAUCGGAGACGCGCGACCGAAGCCCGAUUCCCAAGGAUGACAGUGCUGAGCCUAAGAAGCCGGCUGUCGAUGCUGCUGCUGCUGCUGCCGCCGCCGCCGCCAGAAUCAAUGCCCAGCUCCAGGCCCGCAAGGGAAUCCAGCACGUCGACGUGCCGCCCAUCAGGUCCUCCUCGACGACGAGCCCUCCUACCGUGAAAGACUCGACUCCGUCCGGCGCCAGCAACAAGUCGGCCACGCCGGCCCCCAACCUCAACGGGGAGAUGUACGUGGCCGACGGAGACUACAUCCAGGACAUCGAGGUCAACGACCUGCGCAACCGAUACCUCCUGACCAAGGGGUCUACGCAGAAAAUGAUCAAAGAUGAGACCGGCGCUGAUGUCACCACUCGGGGUAGCUUCUACCCUAACAAGAGCAUGGCUACCGCUGCUAACCCGCCUCUCUACCUUCACGUCACGAGCCAGAACAAGGACGGCCUAGAACAGGCAGUUGCCAAGAUCCAGGAGCUCAUCAAGCAGGAGCUUCCUCAGCUUGUCGAUGACCGUCGUUUGCGUCGUCGCGAUCAACCCGAGCCUGUUGAGCGGGAUGAGUUCGGAAGACGCAAGUGGCGAGUCGAAAAGGUGCAGGUCGACCUGGAGCCCAUCCCGGGUUUCAACCUGCGCGCCCAGAUUGUCGGUCAUGGUGGCGCCUACGUGAAGCACAUUCAGCAGGAGACGGGCUGCCGUGUGCAGAUCAAGGGCCGCGGCUCCGGAUACCUGGAAGUAGCAACCAACAAGGAGAGCGACGACGACAUGCACCUCAGCGUCACCGGCCCUGAUGAGCGUAUGAUUGACAAGGCAAAGGAGCUGUGUGAGGACCUUGUCGCCAACGUCAAGGAGCAGUACGAAGAGUUCAAGGCCCGCCCGCCCCGCCCGCACUACGGCGACCGCGGCGGCUACGGCGGCGAGCGCAGGUACGGCGGCGACCGUGGCGGGUACGGUGGUGAUCGAGGCGGGUACGGUGGUGACCGUGGCGGAUACGGUGGUGACCGUGGCGGAUACGGCGGUGAUCGUGGCGGGUACGGAGGAGACCGCGGAGGUUACGGAGACCACCGUGGCGGGUACGGAGGUCACCGCGGUGGUGGCUACGGCGACCGAGGUGGCUACAACGACCAUCACGGCGGCCGGAGCUCUUCCCACGGUGGUGGCGGCUCCUACAACGACACCAACAGCUACGGACGCUACGGCUCCGAGGGCGUUGCCUCCAGCAACAGCCCCGCUCCUCCGGCUCCUGCUGCUGCUGCCGCCAGCCCUACCCACGCCGCCGCCGCCGCCGCCACCACCACCGCCAAUGCUACCGACUACUCGGCUCAGUAUGCUCAGUACUAUGGUGGGCAGGACCCGUACGCCCCCUGGGGAGGCUACGCAAACUACGUCGCUCUGUACCAGCAGUACUACGGUUCUCAGGCUCAGCAGGGUGCACCGGGCCAGGGAGCCGCCGCUCCUGGACAGUCUGCCUCGCCUCCCCCGCCGCCUCCAAGCGAGGCUGCCCCUCCGCCGCCACCGCCGCCGAGCUCUGCGCCUCCCCCUCCCCCUCCCUCGGGUCCGCCACCCGGAGCCGGUGGGAACACCGGAGAAAUAACACACACGGGACGUGCGACGGUAGUCAUGAGUCACAAAAGGUACUCACACGACUCGGCCAAGGAGCCGCACUCUGUCUCCCUCAAAGUCCUCCGACUAUCGCGACCAUCGCUGGUGACGCAGCAACCGCUCCAGCUGCCCCUGUCGCUGUCGCCGGCCUCCACGACGCCGUCGCCGGCCUCCCUAGCCUUCUCCUCGGACUCGUCGACGAACCCGGCGCCGUUUCUCCUCACGCCGGCUCUCAACCUCCCGGUAUCGUUCGGGUCAGCAUACGUGGGCGAGACAUUCAGCUGCACCCUCUGCGCGAACAAUGACGUGGCGGUGGACGACAGCACCGGCCGCACGAUCCGCGACGUCCACGUCGAGGCGGAGAUGAAGACGCCCGGCGUGGGGAGGGCGCACAGGCUGGACCUCAUCGGGCCGGACGUCGGCGGCGACGACGACGACGACGACGACGACGACGACAAGGCGAAGGCAAAGGCAGAUCCGUCGACGGUGCCGACCAAGAAGAAGGACCUGGCGGCGGGGGAGACGCUGCAGGGCGUGGUGUCGUUCGACCUCAAGGAGGAGGGGAACCACGUGCUCGCCGUGACGGUGAGCUACUACGAGGUCUCGGAGACGAGCGGCCGAACCAGGACUUUCCGCAAGCUGUACCAGUUCAUAUGCAAGCCCUCGCUCAUCGUGCGGACAAAGGUCACCGCUCUGGGGGGGGAUCUCACCACCACCGCCACCGCUGCCGGCCGCAGAGAUACGGAGGGUCCUGUCGGUGGCGGAAGGUCUACAAAGGAAAGGAAGGCGAGACGACGCAGGUGGGCUCUGGAGGCGCAGCUGGAGAACUGCAGCGACGACACGAUGCAGCUGGACAAGGUGGCCAUGGAUGUCGUCGAUGGCGGCCUGCUGAGAUGCAGAGGCUGCAACUGGGACGGCGACGGCGAGCAGACGCAGGGCCAGGAGCGGCAGAGGAAACCUGUGCUGCACCCCGGAGAGGUAGAGCAGGUAUGCUUUGUAGUGCAGGAGAGCAAGGCGGCGGCGGCGGCGGCUGCCGCUGCUGCCGAGGAGGGCGAGGACGGAGAUCAGAUCAGACCAGGCCCGGAUGGUAGAUUCAUCUUUGGGGUGCUGGGAAUCGGGUGGAGGGGCGAGAUGGGGAACAGAGGGUUCCUGACGACGGGCAAGUUGGGGACCAAGGUCUUGUAA